AUGGCGGCGGCAGCCGAGGCAGCAGCGGGAGGCGGCCCGGGGUCCCAGCCUGCUGCCCAGCGGAGGCUGCGCAUCCUCUCUGGCCACCUGCAGGGCUCGCCGGCGAGCCGGGCGCCCGAGGCUGAGCGGCUCCUCUCCCCGAGCCAGUGCAGGGCGGGGGGCGCAGCUGAGCGGCCGGUCGCGUCCACCAUCCCUAAGAAACGGCAAGAAAUUCUGAAGUGGAAUGGAUGGGGAUAUAAUGACUCCAAAUUUAUAUUUAAUAAGAAGGGACAAGCAGAAUUCACAGGGAAAAGGUAUAGGUUGAGUGGUAUGGUGUUACCUGUUUUGAAGGAAUGGAUGGAAAAAACCCUAGGAGCAAGUCUGGAGCACAAAAUUACCUCUAGAGCUUUCUUAAAUACUAGUGAUGUACCCCCAUCUAUUGUAAAUGAAGAAUUUCUUCAGGAUCUUAGAGCCACUAAAAUUUCAUAUUCACAGGAAGCAGAAGAUAGGGUGUUCAGAGCUCAUGGUCACUGCCUACACGAGAUAUUUAUGCUAAGGGAAGGAAUGUUUAAACGAAUUCCCGAUAUAGUUAUAUGGCCAGGUUGCCAUGAUGACGUAGUUAAAAUUGUGGAACUAGCCUGCAAACAUAAUCUUUGCAUAAUACCAUUUGGUGGAGGAACAAGUGUUUCUAGUGCUCUUGAAUGUCCUGCAGAUGAGAGAAGAACUAUUGUUUCAUUGGAUACAUCACAAAUGAAUCGAAUUCUCUGGAUAGAUGAGAAAAACUUAACUGCUCAUAUAGAGGCUGGCAUUAUUGGACAAGAUUUGGAAAGACAGCUUGGUGAGAGUGGUUACUGUACAGGCCAUGAACCAGAUUCUAUGGAAUUCAGCUCCCUUGGAGGAUGGGUGGCCACACGCGCAUCAGGCAUGAAAAAGAACAUCUAUGGAAACAUUGAAGAUUUGGUGGUUCAUAUAAAAAUGGUAACCCCAAGAGGAGUAAUAGAAAAAAGCUGUCAAGUACCUCGCAUGUCAACAGGACCUGACAUCCAUCAUUUCAUUAUGGGAUCUGAAGGAACCCUUGGAGUGGUUACAGAAGUUACAAUAAAAAUUCGACCAAUCCCUGAAUACCAGAAGUAUGGCUCUGUAGUAUUUCCUAACUUUGAACGAGGAGUGGCCUGUUUAAGAGAAAUAGCAAAGCAGAGGUGUGCUCCUGCAUCAAUUCGCCUUGUGGACAAUGCACAAUUUCAGUUUGGGCAUGCUCUUAAACCACAGGUUGCUUCAAUUUUUACAUCAUUUUUGGAUGGGCUGAAAAAAUUCUACAUCACAAAGUUUAAAGGAUUUGAUCCCAACGAACUGUGUGUAGCUACAUUACUCUUUGAGGGUGACAGAGAGAAGGUUCUUCAGCAUGAAAAGCAAGUUUAUGAUAUCGCUGCCAAAUUUGGUGGUCUGGCAGCUGGAGAAGAUAAUGGACAGAGAGGUUACAUGCUGACAUUUGUCAUCGCUUACCUUCGGGACCUGGGCCUGGAUUACUAUGUAAUAGGAGAAUCAUUUGAGACUUCUGUUCCCUGGGAUAGGGUUAUAGACCUCUGCAGGAAUGUAAAGGAAAGAAUAGUGAGAGAAUGCAAAGAAAAAGGUGUCCAGUUUGCUCCGUUUUCCACCUGCAGGGUGACACAGACUUACGACGCAGGUGCAUGUGUCUAUUUCUAUUUUGCCUUUAACUACAGGGGAAUUAGUGACCCUAUUCAUGUCUAUGAACAAAUUGAGACAGCUGCUAGAGAGGAAAUCCUCGCCAAUGGAGGAAGUCUGUCACAUCACCAUGGAGUUGGCAAGUUGCGGAAGCAGUGGAUGAAGGAGAGUAUCUCUGAUGUUGGCUUGGGGAUGCUUAAGUCUGUCAAAGAAUAUGUGGACCCCAAUAACAUCUUUGGAAACAGGAACCUUUUAUAAAACCCUUACUAUCUGAAAAUUUCAAAAUUACGAUUUUUAGCCUCAUUGUACUGUUAUCCCAGUAAUCAAAUAUAACAUGGACUGAACUUUAAAAGCUAAUAUCUUUCUUAUAUUGGUUUUCCUCCAAUAAAAUGUAAACAUUCACUAUUAACAUUCACAGAUUUACUGACUGUACUCCUAAACCUCUCUUAACACACAACCUGGCAGAGGCACAUGAAGGUAUAUACCUGCUUGCAAAUGCAGAUAUAGCAUUCCAAGUUUGGUUAGGCAGUACAGCCAAUGAUUUCCAUGCUGGAUGAAACCAGCUGUUUUUUAUUAAAGCAUCCCCUGCAAGAAGAACAAAGACUGACAUUCGUGUUGUCUACAUAAACAGCUGCUCACUCAGUCUCUUGCUAGAGGAAAAUUGCUGGGAAGCACAUGAGAGGUGGAUUUCACUAAGGGAAUACUUCUGUGUGCUGAAGGGUUAAGCAAGUAGCAGUAUAAAUGUAGGCUUUCUGUUUAAAAGAUUCAACAUGGUUCUGUAGGAUGUUUGGCUUGUCAGUCUCCCUUUCAGCAUUAUUGAAAAUUUAAAAUCUUUGAAAAGAAUACUUAACUAAAGUGUAGCCUGAGUUGUAUUUGCAUUGCUGGGAUAAUCUUCUUUAAUAUGCUAGUCAGUCAUUAUAAGUUUUGUACAGAACAGCAGACGUUUCUCAUUGUAUAUUAACAAG